AUGGCUCAGAUAAUUUCGCCUGUCGUCCAGGCCACAAUUGCAGGUGCAAUUCCGGUUGCUGGUCCUCCGAUCCACGCUACUAUUAGUGGAUUAUUGUCAAUCCUUCAAGCCAUAUAUGUGAGAUUGUACAACCAUAGUCUCGCAUAUACAUCUGUCACACAAGCUAUCAUUGAAUGCUCCAGCGAAAUCGACCAUUAUCUGGCGGAUCAUUCAGUUGUGUUCUACUCUCUCAAGAUUGUUUGCAUGCACUCAAUAUUACGCUUCGUCAGUGGUCAUCUCAAAUGCAAAUCCUCUGUGGGGCCGAUUGUCACACUUGGCUUUGUCACACUUGUAGAUGCAACGGGCCGCUUACAUCCAAUACCGAUGGACGUCUGCGACUCGUUUGAGCGAUUCAAUGAGCAGCCCCAGCUUUUAUUCAAACACAACUCGACCCAAGCUCAAGUUCAGAGACGGUAUAUAGAGCAAAGACAAUACGAUUUGUGCAUUGAUGACGACAAGCAGGUAACACAACUUGCAAGUCGUAGAUGGCCAAGCAUUCAAGCAGGCACGACGAUCGUCAUGAGGGUCGUCUUUGAACAGAAGACACGCCGUGUAGUUGAAUAUACAUGUCAUUUUUGCCGCGCUGUCAAUCACGUUAGCCGCCCCAAGAAUUUGCUUCAAUGCCGACCUGGUUACUCGAUCAAUUGGUGA